AUCAACAAGAAUGCACUACAGGACGAAAAAGUUUCGAAAGCAUCAUCCUAUGGGAUGGAGCACAUUAGCAGCAGCUAAGAUCACAAUAGUAAAGAGAGAAUGGUGGAAAGCACUGCCACCAAUUAAGCAGGAUGGUUUUGACAACACUCGAUCUAUCAGGUACAUUAUAUAUUCUCACACUAGUGGACCAAGAUGCAAGAAGAAGGCUGAAUGUGUCAAAUUGGUGCAGGACAUGCAAAAACAGCACAUGGACUGGGGUAUGCCAGACAUUCGGUACAGUUUUCUAAUUGGAGGAGACGAUAACAUUUACGAAGGUAGAGGGUUCAAUGCCAAACCUGUUAUUAACCGAAAAUAUCCGGAAUUGUACGGUAAAAGCAUUGAGGUGGCUUACAUCGGAAACUACAGUGAGAAGGGAUGGGUGUACAAGGAACCAACCCGCAAUAUGUGGGACAAAGGCUGGCAGAUUAUCAGGCAUGGCUCAGACACUGGUAAGAUUCCUGAGUGUGAACUAAGAUACUACUUCGACACUGACCGUGAUGAUCUCGACCCAUGGGAGAUGCCACCUGGGGGAACCAUGAGGUUUUCCAGAGAGUACCCUUAG